AACAUACCUCAGUCUAGGAUCGAGACAAGUUGCAGCAACGUAAACACGGCGGCCGCUCCACCUGCAAGUGCAAACUUCAACUCCUAAUAUACUCGUUAUGAUGGAAUCAAGGAAAGAUAUAUCAUUAGUCCAGAAAUAUGUCAAGGUGGCAGCAGUGGUCAGCCUAUAUUGGGUUGUGUCAAUAUCUAUGGUAUUUGUUAACAAAUAUCUACUGGGAGGCUCUUCCAUGGGGGAUAGAGAUGCCCCUUUAUUUGUGACAUGUUUCCAGUGUGUUGUGACUGUCCUCUUCUGCCUUCUCCUGAAAUACAGCUCUAGAUUGUUUCCACAUGUUGUCACCUUCCCUGAAGUUGGAGCUUUAGAAGCAGAGAAAGUGAAGAAGGUUUUGCCAUUAACAUGCAUGUUUGUCGCUAUGAUUUCCAUGAACAACCUGUGCCUGAAGUACGUUGGUGUUGCAUUCUAUUAUGUUGGGCGAUCAUUAUCAACAGUGUUCAAUGUCAUUUUCACGUACCUGAUCCUUGGUCAAAAAACAUCAUUACCUGCAGUGGCAAGCUGUGGUAUUAUCAUUGCAGGUUUCUUCUUAGGAGUUGAUCAAGAGAAUGUUGCAGGGUCAUUGUCAGUGUCAGGAGUUGUAUUUGGAGUCCUUGCAUCAGCAUCUGUUUCCCUGAAUGCUAUUUUUACAAAGAAAGUUUUACCAGCUUUAGAUGGUUCAAUUUGGAUGCUGUCGUAUUACAACAAUGCUUUGGCCAUUGUUUUGUUUACUCCCCUGAUUGUACUGAAUGGGGAACUCCCUGCAAUUGGGAAGAUGAUAUCUGAAGGCUCUUUGAAUUUCUGGGGAUUAAUGGUUAUUGCUGGACUCUUUGGCUUUGCCAUUGGCUAUGUAACUGGACUUCAGAUUCAGGUGACUUCACCUCUCACCCAUACCAUUAGUGGCACAGCAAAGGCUUGCGCCCAGACCGUAUUGGCCACUUGGUGGUACGGGGAAGUCAAGGCUGCACUCUGGUGGAUUAGUAAUUGGAUUGUCCUUGGAGGUUCCUUGGCUUACACACGUAUCAAGCAGCAGGAAAUGAAGACUUCUCAUAAUUCAGGAUUAUCAUCGGAGAAAAUGGAAGCGAAGGGGCCUGAGAAGUGCUAGAGCAGCUCCCUGAGUCCCAGCCAUUCAUGGCACAACAUUUAGGUUGUUUUAACUGGUGCAGGGGUUACCUCUGAUCUUGUUAGAUCAGGCUACAAAGCAAAGGUUUCUUGACUUGGGCAUUACCAAGUGCAUUUGUUAGUUAUCUUAUUACAGUAUUGAUAGUUUCUAUUUUAUUUUGCUAAGCUGUGAUUGACAGGCAAGAUAGUCCUAUGCAACUAGAAAACCACAUUGUUUUCUAGGUGGCACAUGCUUGCUAAAGUAUUAAGUGGUAUGCAUUUCUGUGAUUAGUUAUUGAUAUGUAACCAUUGCCAUACAAAGAAAAGUAAUUUAGAACAAACUAGAUUUUUACACUUCCUUGUUUAAAAACUUGUGUAUGUAUAUGUAUGUGUGUAUGUAUGUAUAUAUAUAUAUACACACAAAAAUAUAUAUAUAUAUAUACAUAAUAUAUUUAUAUAAAAAAUAUAUAUAUAUGGAUAUAGAGAUAUAUGUGUGUGUGUAUAUAUAUAUAUAUAUAUAUAUAUAUGUAUGUAUGUAUGUAUACAUACCUUUCUUUGAUUGUGGUUUGUUGUCUUUCUGGUUACUUUUGAUUUUCUUCCUACUGAUAUACAUUUACAUAUUUACAUGCAUACUUAUGCUCAUAUUCACGCACAAGCACAAUAACGUUCUAAUAUAAAUACACCUGUAUCUUAACAGAAAGUCAGUUUAUGUUGUUUUUUUGUUUUAUAGUGUAUAAUUUUUUUAAUUAUACAAAUUACUGUUGUAAUCAGAGGUUUUAGAGUUAUAUUACAAAUAAAUUGUUAUGAUUAAAUGCGUUGGUUGUGUUUCCGGGGUUUGUUACUUUUCUAUUUAUCAUUUUGUGGUUUCAGGAAAAGUAUUCCAUUACCUUUUCCUACAUGUAUGUCUUUCACUUUGUUAUUGUUAUUUCUAUAGAGUCUUCUGUAGUAUUUUUAUAGCACAGACGAUUGUCGUAUGAUUGCAGUGAUUUGAUAUGAAUAAAUUAUUAAAGUGUUUUAAA